AUGCCGGAGUCUCCAGGAGAUGAGAUUAUUCCACCUCCACAAGAAUUCUGGGAUUCUACCCUGUAUGGUCCGGGCAAUGAGGACCCGACCUAUGAACCUGGGGAUGACAGGGCAACCAAUUUGAAGAAGCGCAAAUUUGAUUGUUCAAGUUCUUGGGCACCUCUGCUCGGACAGCCCACCUUCUCUGUUCCUGUGGAUGAUCCCUCUUCCUCCCUAGAAAUUCCAGAGGCGUCCUCAUCUGUACCGUCCUGCCAUUCCAGGAUCGUUCAGAAAACUGUAGUUGCACUGUGCACAUAUAUGCACGGCCAUAUGGAUUUCGAUGUGCCCUGGUGCCUUCCUGUUGCGUUGCAACUCGAAGGCUUGAUGAAGAACCCUGAGUCAUUCAAGGAUUAUUACGAGCUCGAUGAAAUGUACAGCAAAUGUCAAGCGAAUGGACCUAAUGGAAAGCGAGCCGGUGUUUGGGAAGACUUCACGCCGAUAAAAGUACUCGGGCCUGAUAGGAAGGUGAUGCUCACCUUGGCAAUCUGCCAUGACUGCAACAUGGCGUACCAGACUGGUAAAUGGGACUCCAAAAAGGGGAGCCUCUCCAACAAUGGCACCAAAACCCUCAAGGAGCACAAUCGCAAAUGCAGUGCCCAGCACCAUAUAGCCGGCAACACUCAAGGAGCCAUUCACCAAAUGCCGUAA